AAGAAGGGUCCAGGUACCGAUGGUCCCAGGCUCGCAAAGCAAGCCAACCCUUCCUUGUUCCUUCUAAGCUUUAUAGUUUAUACAUCUCUAACGUUACAAAACCAGAACAAAAAACUCACCUGCAGAACUUCCAUGGCGUUUUAUAUUAUUUAAUUCGUAGCUGUUCCAAGAUACGGGUGUCAAAGGCAAACUAGAAUAUUUGGGUUGAGCAGCUGCUUCAAUGGAGAUUAUUUAAAAUGCCAGUUUCAUUUUCUUUUCUAUGCUCAUGUGGGUCCUCUGCUUCACUGUAAACGACAGUCUAAUCUACAGGCUGGAAAGAGCUGUUUGAGCCGCAGAAAAGCUUCAAGAGAUGGUUCUCAUGGUGGCAUUGGAUUUGCUCUUCGCUGGGUCUUCUCUGUGAUCCUACCUCAAUUCUUACCCAAAAAAACAAAUGCGUCUAGGUCUCUGAAAGAGGGCUUAGAUUUCCUACAUUUGGGCUUUAAGGAUUGGAAUUCCUCAUCUUAUGGAGCUUGUAAGAUGGACACUGUUCUUAGUUCCUAGUAGUUUGGCUUUUGAUCAUUGGUUUUGAUCGAAGUGUUCUUUCUUUUUUUUUUUUUAUGCUGGUGUUCAUUAGAAUGCUGAGAGAUUGAGUUUGGGACUUUGGGUGAAAUUGGUCUGUUCUUUUUGGUUUGAGGAUUUUGGCUACCGGAGAUGGUGAAGAUGAAACGGCUGGAGUGGGUUCCUCUGGUUCUUGCUGUUCUUUAUGUUGGGUUUACAGUUCGUGGCUCCUAUGCUAGCUUUUCUCCAGUUGAUAACUACUUGAUUGCCUGUGGAUCAUCGCAAAAUGUCACCAACCAGGGUCGGACAUUUAUUCCUGAUUCACAGCAAUCCUCAUUCGUGUUACAAAGUCAGGAGAAUACCAUAGUUUCUACUUCUGCUUCUACUGCCCCCUCUCCAAUCUUUCAGUCUGUGCGAGUUUUCUCUGCUCCAGCUUCGUACAAAUUUGAAAUCCAACAGAAAGGGCGUCACUGGGUCCGCCUCUAUUUCUACCCUCUACCUGAUUCUGGCCAGAACCUGAGAUCUGCUUCAAUUACGGUAGUCACAGAUAAUUUUGUUCUAUUGAAUAAUUUCACUUUUAAGAACUAUAAUGGUUCUUAUCUCUUCAAGGAGUAUGCUGUCAAUGUGACCUCUGAUACCUUGACCCUCACCUUUAUCCCUUUGAACAACUCACUCACGUUUGUCAAUGGAAUUGAAGUGGUUUCUGGCCCUGAUGAGUUGAUUCCUGACUCAGCAUUGGCUUUAUCCCCCUCUUCCACUUUUAGUGGCCUUUCUGAUCUUGCCCUUGAGACUGUUUACCGUUUGAACAUGGGGGGUCCUUUGCUCACCCCACAGAAUGACACCCUUGGGAGAACCUGGGAGAAUGACAGGAAGUACCUCCACGUGAAUAGCUCUGCUGUGAAUGUGUCAGUUAGCCCUGCAAUAAUAACUUAUUCCGAAGCUCUCACACCUGAGAUGGCCCCAAAUUGGAUCUAUGCAACUGCAGAAACCAUGGGAAAUGCAAAUGUUCAAGAUUUAAAUUUUAAUGUGACUUGGGUCUUCCCUGUGGAUCCAAAUUUCUUGUAUUUCAUCCGACUACACUUCUGUGACAUUGUGAGCAAGGCUGAAAAUAACCUUGUCUUCAACGCAUACAUCAACUCUUAUCUUGGCUAUGGUAGUCUCGAUGUCGCAUCCCAAGCUGGUGGCCUGAAUAAACCUUUUUACAAAGAUUUUGUCUCCAAUUCCUCAGCUGAUUCGGAUACUUUAACUGUUAGUGUGGGCCCGGAUGCAAUAGCAGAGAUCGCAAAUGCAAUUUUGAAUGGGUUGGAGAUCAUGAAGAUUAGCAAUGAUGCUAGAAGCUUGAAUGGGCUUUCUUCUGUCGAAAGCCUUCUUCUGCAAUCACCCUCAAAGAAGAGUAAGCUGGGACUUAUAAUUGGGUUGGCUGUUGGAAUUUCAGCUGCACUGGGAUUGAUGGCUUUGUUUUAUUGCUGCCUAGUGUCUCGAAGAUCAAAGACUGAUCAACAAGGGCAUCCAUGGUUGUCAUUGCCCAGAUAUGGAAAUUCUCUGACCAUGACAAAAGGGUCUACAACGUCUCAGAAGAGUGGAACUGCAAGCUAUAUCUCUUUGGUUUCUUCAAAUCUUGGCCGCCUAUUCAUGUUCCAAGAGAUCAUGGAUGCAACUAACAAAUUUGAUGAGAGCUUGCUUCUAGGGGUGGGUGGAUUUGGUAGGGUUUACAAAGGAACACUUGAAGAUGGGACCAAGGUAGCUGUCAAGAGAGGGAACCCAAGAUCUGAGCAAGGGCUUGCUGAGUUCCGGACUGAAAUUGAGAUGCUAUCCAAGCUCCGCCAUCGUCACCUUGUUUCUCUGAUUGGAUACUGUGAUGAACGGUCAGAAAUGAUCCUGGUUUAUGAGUACAUGGCAAAUGGGCCUCUCAGGAGCCAUCUUUAUGGGACAGAUCUCCCACCUCUUUCAUGGAAGCAAAGACUUGAGAUUUGCAUUGGAGCAGCAAGGGGACUGCAUUAUCUCCACACAGGGGCCGCCCAGAGCAUUAUUCACAGAGAUGUUAAGACCACCAACAUUCUCUUGGAUGAGAACUUUGUAGCCAAGGUUGCUGACUUUGGCCUCUCAAAAACGGGCCCUGCUCUGGAUCAGACCCAUGUAAGCACAGCUGUUAAAGGCAGCUUUGGGUACCUUGACCCUGAGUAUUUUAGGAGGCAACAGCUGACUGAGAAAUCUGAUGUUUACUCCUUUGGUGUGGUUCUGAUGGAGGUCCUCUGCACUAGACCUGCUCUCAAUCCUGUUCUCCCAAGGGAGCAAGUUAAUAUAGCAGAGUGGGCAAUGAGCUGGCAGAAGAAGGGCAUGUUGGACCAGAUAAUGGACCCCACUUUGGUUGGUAAGGUGAACCCAGCAUCUCUCAAGAAAUUUGGUGAGACUGCUGAGAAAUGUCUGGCGGAGCAUGGAGUUGAUAGGCCAACAAUGGGGGAUGUCUUAUGGAAUCUUGAGUAUGCUCUCCAGCUCGAAGAGACCUCAUCUGCAUUAACUGAGCCAGAAGACAACAGCACAAACCAUAUUCCUGGUAUUCCGCUGGCACCUCUUUCACCAUUUGAUAACAGUGUGAGCAUGAUUGAUGGGGUGAACUCUGUUACUGAUGAUGAUGCUGAAGAUGCUGCAACCAGUGCAGUCUUCUCUCAGUUGGUAAAUCCUCGCGGAAGAUGAGAAAGAAGGGUUCCAUCUUUGUGAUCUCUUCAGCCAUUGGACUGCAGUCUGCCCAAUGACUUGUUCCCCUGGCUUAUUUGAAUUGAUAAGGAUGGAUGCUUGAGAGUUUUGCUUGGUCAGCUCUAAGAAGAUUUUUCCUUAUCUGUUUCCUCAGUUUCAUCACAAUCUUUAUCCACUGAUAAUUUGUCCCAGUUCAUAAUAUAAGUCAUUGUAUGCAGCAGACUGUUUCAAGGUUACCUCCUAUAAGGAUGUGAGGAUACUAUGUUUAUGUUGCCUUGGUUUGAACUAAGCUGGGUUUUAUUUCCUAAUCUGGUCUUGCACAUUUCUUAGAUAUUGGUUGUAUUCAUUGUAUAAUUUUGAUUCACACCAUGAAAGGAAAAUAAAGAAAACAGCCUACAGUCACUUUGCAACAAUUUCUUGCCAACCGAGUGUAUACAAUAUAUCUGAUUUAAAAGUCAUUCCUCAUGUUGCUGUUAAA